CUGAGCUAGUGAUUUGAUGUAAAACAGGAUACAAAUCGACGUAAAAAGAGCUUUGAUUUACUAACUGUUAUGAAAAACGUGGAAGAUUUGGACGACUUGUUCUAUGAGAACUUAUCGCUUGGUUUGGCAAAGAGAUUCGCCGACUGUAUCCCGCGGAUUACAAAUGUGACGUGUGAGAAGCGACUGCCUUGCGAGAAGGCGCAGGUCACUGCUUGGGAAUCUCGACAUAACAUCUAUCUACCAGAUGAUAUGAAGCGAUUCUAUUUGUCCAGUGAUGGUUUCAAUUUUUACUGGAGUUAUCAAUAUUCGCCUAAUGAUGUUCGUCGAGUGGGACAUAUUCAUUUCCCUCAUCUGAUUCAGAUUACGCUGGUUCGUGACAACAUCGAUACCAUUUUGAGCUCAAGUCCCACCACUGCCGUGACGAUUCCGCCCAUAAUACGACAAUCGAAUUAUAUCGAUUCCACUUCGGGUUAUCUUAAUCACUUGAAUUUGAACUCAAGAAGUAAAAUUUUCGAACUAAGUACAAUUACGGAUUUAGCCAAAGUUUGCCUAGUGUAUGAAACACCGGAAUCGUCAAAUCCAAAGAUUUUUCUACUCGAAAUGGGAACAUUCAAGUGGCAGUUUCUAGCUGACACGUUCACUGAAUAUUUGCGAAUGAGCAUUGCCCAUCUUGGAUUGCCAUAUUGGGAGCUGUGCUUUUCCACCUGUGGGCUUCCAUCUUGGACGGAACAACUUUUCCUAUUGCUUGCUCCGCAUUUGUUAGAGAAAAGUAAAAAUCGCAGGCUUAAGAGCAUCGUUUGCGUUAACGAGAACCCACCUUAUAACGUGUUGGAUCCUGCCGUAUUCAGGACAAAGCCCCGCUGUUCUAGGCAAAAUCAGAAAAAUAGAAUGAAUAACUAACGUUUGAAAAGUGUGAACAAUAUAACUAGUUUAUUUAUCAUUGAUUGUAACGAGUAGUUAAUAAAAGUUGAUAAAAAAGGUUUAGUUCUAACGGAUACGUGUUUCCACUACUGCUAGGUCACUUCCCACACGGUAGACUCCAAUGACUGUCGAGGUCGAUUGGAAAUUUCUACGUGAGCAUCUAAUCCAUCACUCAAACGACUUAGCCUUCGUGCCCAACUGCCUCGUACUCCUGAAAAGAAAUGAAUUCCAACGAAACUGUUCGCGUUGAACAUCAUCGUUAUCUACACACCUUGACGACUGUUGUUACUUUGCUCUCGCAGUACAUGUAGCAUUUCUUCGUAGUCAGUCUCGCGUGAUUUCUUCAAUCCAUGUUGAUAUUUGGCCUCUUUAGCAAGCAUUUGUUCCCGUUGGAUUUGCGUUUUAACCUCCACUGGGAUAUCAGGAAUGAUGAACUGCAUUAUUCCUGUCAGAACGAAAACGAUGUGUUCGAAAAUGACCACGAAUGCUAACCGUGCUGCGAAUACGUGCCAAUAGUGGGGACUUAAGCCGUAUUGCUCGCUGUCGGUGGGACUGUUCCGAUAACCUCGGUACAAGCAGGUGUCCGGAUCGGAUUCCGUUUUCGUUCCCCAUUCCUCCUUGUAGUCGGAUGUGUUAAAAACUGUAUGGCAUGGUAAAAAUAUAUUCGCAUAUAAUAAAGUAGAACCAUUUUUGAAAUUACCUGAUAAAGAGUGCUCGAUAUAUCCGUGUAAUGAAAAUUGAGGUGAGUAAACGUAUUUAU